UAUAUAACAAAAAAGACAUAAGAAAAUGUCAAAAUUGUACGAUAAUAAAAUCACCCAAAAUGAAGCUAAUAAGGCUAGUCAUGAUAACAAAGGACUCGUGGAUGACCCAAUGUCUGGUAUGACUUCUCCUGAUGGUAAAAGAGAUGCUGAAAAUAAGUCAAAUGAAGAUUCACCUGGAGAAGGUAAUGUUAUUAAAGUUCAACCCAAUGGUUUAUACUCUAAUGAAGAUGAUACAACCAAAAUUAGUAAUUCUAAAAAGAGCGAUCAAGUUGACUCGCAAACUAUUUCUGCUAAUCAGACUGAAGUUAAAAGCGAUGAUGUUGACAUGCCUCACCAAGACACUUCAUCUAGCUUCCUGAGAAGAAGUGAGAGAAAUGCAAAGUAUGGGCACAGCUCCUACAAAAACUUAGUCAAGAGACCUUCAAAGUAUGAAGACUUUGAAGUUGGGCCGAUGAUUGGCCAGAAAUCUUCAUCCCAGAUGGACCCUCCAGGAUCAGUGGGAAGCAAUAAGAGAAAAAGAAAGGUAGGAAACAUCCCUCCCCUCUCGCUUCCUGAAGCAAGUCUUAAAAGAACAGCUUCUACUAAAAUGCCAAAUAGCAGCUCUGCUCUAUCUCUCAAUGAUGAAAAAGAAGUUGUGUACAAUCAAGGUAGAUGGACGUGUUUGGAGCACUUUAAAUUCCUUGAAGCUCUUAAAAAGUUCGGAAAGGAAUGGCAAAAAGUUCAGCAGCAUGUGCACACUAGAACAAGUACGCAAGCGAGAUCUCACGCUCAAAAAUUCUUUGUAAAACUUGACAAAUAAAUCAUUAACAUUAGAUGAAUUUCUAAAAGGACUUGACUUAAAAGAAGUUGAGAAAAAUCUGCUUGCUUCCGGAGUUGACAACACAGAUUAUGAUGAAGAAAGAGAGGUCAAUAUUAUUGCAAAUAGAAAACUCAAAGGAUCUGUAAUGAAUAUCGCAUUGCCAUCAAAUCAAGAAGAGAAUAAGAGCUCCGUUACUAAAAGGCCAUCACUUAAAAGAAAAAGGUCUGAUAUGGACGAUUUGGUAAAAGCCUCGAACCGGAGAGAGCAAUUGCACCAAAAUAUUAAAAACGCUUUUAGUAAUCAUAUGGAUGACGGGAAUGCAACUAAUGCCCGCAAAAGGGUAAAAACAACAGAAAUUGAUGAAAGAGAAUACCAAAUAAAUUCAAAUCAGAAAGAUGGAGACAAUAAGAGUAAUGAAGACAAGGAAGAGCGUCAAAGGACAUUAUCUAUCUCUAAUUUUGAGCCACUCCAACCUCGGAAUAAAAUGCUUAUCUCAGAAUCAGAUAAGAGAAAUUAUAGAAAAGGAACUGUGGAUCAAAACCUAGAUGUUGAUAACUUUGACAGGAAUUUUAUUGGAGACUCAACUAAUCCUCUAAGGACACCUCAGCCUAACAGAUCUGAUGACAUGAUCAUCAAUCAGCUAGUUUACAAAUAAUACAGGAUGAAUCGAAGACUACCAUUUUAGUUUAGAGCAACUUUUUAAUAAGCCAAAAACUGUGAUAGAUGACCAGCAAGAUUAUGAUGAGCCAAAGCAAGAUAAUGAGCAAGAUGAUAAGGUCCCUCCAAGGAUUGGAAGUAGACUCAGUUUUGAUUUCUGUGAAUUGCGUGCAGAUCAGCUUCUAGAAUCAACCCCCAUCAGCUUUCACGAAGAUAGACUAAAAGCGAAGAUUUUUGAAUACCCGAAGAACCGUUUGAAAAAGAAGCAAGCAAAAUAA